AUGCAGAUCCUUCCAGAGACUACUCAUACUCAUGCCUCAGUGGAUGUUGGUGCUGUAUUUGUAUUUGGUUGUGUAAAUGAUCAUAAGAACUGGGCCAUUGAGCUUUUGCAAGAUGGUGAGAAGGGAGAGGAACAUGUCUCACAGCCGUUCAGUGAUCAGGAAUAUAGAUCCCGAAUAUGUCUGUCCGCAGGCACUAGAUGUUGUAUUCAGGAGGCAACCAAUGUGAAGAGAUUUCUUGAUGAUGGAACCUACAGUGUGAUAAUGGAUUAUGCAAAAGAGUAUGUGAUUAUUGACAUUAGACAGAGUCAAAACAGUGGAUGUGCUCUAAGUAUUGCUGUGAUAGUUCAACCUGAAACAAAACAGAACGUUGUAUAUGCUAUGUGCAAUGAAAACUUUGAAAGUGUCAGGUUAUUGUUUCCUGAUGGAAAGGAAUAA